AUGUACUCUUAAGGAAUGUUCAACAGCUUAAUUAACUAUAAAUACAGUACAUAGUUGCUGUCAGUAUUUUGGAGAUUCAUGGGAUUUAAACUUAAGAAUAAUGAAUCAGUAAUGGAUAAGUUAACUUAAAUAAUAUAGAUUGUUUUCGGAAUCUUGAAAAAAUAUGUGUAAAAAAAAAUAUAUGAGAAUGGACCUUCUCAUUCUUAAAAUGAUUCUGAAUGCACAACAUUCCUUCAUAUUUGUGAAAAAGGUGAUUUUUGUAUAAAAGGAUGUUUAGGUUAUUAUUAUGCUAUAGAAUCAGUUGUACAUCUAUAUUUUAAGAUAAAAGGUGUGUAACAAAUGGAAAGCAAUGUUUUUAUAGAACAACUUGUGGUGAGCAUAUAAAUAUGAUUGAUGGAUGUACAGAUGAUAAAAUAUAUUAAAUCCAUUUAUAUGGAUCAAUGAUCAAUGCUAUACCAUAACCUGCGAAACUGCUUCUUUGUGGUAAUGGGAUUGUUUCAACCAAAGAUCAAUAUUGUGAUAAUGGCAAUUAUUUACCAAAUGAUGGUUAUUAUAAAUACAAAGUGCAAUGUCCAGAAGGAUGCUAUAUUUGUAAAGGUAAUUGUGUUAAGAAUUUUAUAAGAUAGGAUGGUAUUUGUAUUACAAAAUGUGA